AUGGCCGCCCCCGUUGAUAUCACCCUCAAGAACUUGAGUGGAACAUGGGUCAUGGACUCAACCCAUUCCAACCCAACAGACCCCGUUCUAUCUCUGCAAGGAAUGGGCUGGAUUAUGCGCAAGACUCUGUCUCUCGCAACAGUGACGAUCGACGUCCACGAAUAUAAAGACGCAGAGGAUGCCACCCUCUACCACGUCGACGCACAGCAAACCAUCACCGGCGGCAUCCAAGGCACCAAGGAAGAGCGCAAGCUCGACUGGGCAGAGCGUGAGCACGUCGACCACAUCUUCGGCAAGCUGCAAGGCCGCUCGCGCCACCUCAGCGGUGCCAAGGGCGAGGACGGCGUUGUGCGCCCAGUCCUCGAGGUCCAGACUAAGGUCGGUAAGCCCGAGGCUGAUGCCAAGGUGCAGAAGUUCUUGUCUGGUGAUAUCCUUAUCGAUGGCUCGAAGAGCGAGGGCUUCCUUGCCGAGGAAGCCGAGGGUGAGUUCUUGCAGAGCUUUGUGAGGAAUGUGGAGUCUGGCUGGACUGCUGAGCAGGUCUGGGGCUUUGAGACUGUUGGCGGCGAGAGACGUCAUACUCGUCGUAUUGUGGUUGCUAAGGGAAGCAAGGUUGAGUUUACUAGACUUGUCUACAUUUUCAAGGAGCGCAGGGCUGAGUAA